AUGUCUUCAAGAAAUAACAAUCGAAUUACUAAGAACAAGAUCAAAAAGUAAGAAUUUUGAAUGAAUUUAGGUAUUAUCAUUAAAAAAUUAUUUUUUAAAACUGAAUUUGAAUUUUAGAGACAAACUCAAUGAUAAUCACAAGUUGACCGAGUACUUUUCUGUUCGUCGUAGUACACGAAGAACCGCCGAACAACUAAAGGUAAGGUUAAUGUAGUUAUUUUUGACAUUCUUUGUUUAGUUCGAAGAGAAUGAGAAGAUCAGAAGCUUGAUUGAAACCGGCUACUACGAAGACUACCUCCGAAUCUACGAGACCGAAGAGAAGGGAAGAGGGAUAAAGGCGGGAAGACGUUUCAAGAAGGAUGAUUUUGUCGUUGAAUACCGUGGAGAGAUCCUGACGGCAGCUGAGGGCAAGAAAAGGGAACAAGAGUAUGCCCAGAACAGUCUGAUUGGCUCUUACAUGUACUUUUUCGAGCAUCGAAAUCAGCGGUUUUGUGUGGAUGCGACGGCGGAAAGCCAAUAUAAAGGAAGGUUAGUUAAUCACAGCUUUCUGAAGCCGAAUCUCAAGUCAAGAGUGGUGGAGCUGCCAAACUCGAUCCACCUUUGUUUAUUCGCUAAGAGGGAUAUUGACAUAGGAGAAGAGUUGGUCUAUGAUUAUGGAGAGAGACGGACCAAUGCUAUUGCAUAUAACCCAUGGCUAAAACAAUCGUAA